CAAUUUUUUAUCGGAAAAGAAUCCCGGAAUCCAGCCCAUGUGAAACCGCACGUUGUCUCCGUGUGUUGUCUGCCGCCGCCGAGCAAGCACGUGAACCCACGCUCUCAGCUGCAAACUUUAGGAAUACGUGUCAAAAAUGACUGAAGGAGAGGUUGCAACAAAUGGUGAAAAUGCCACCAGCAAGGACAUUCAGGAUAUUGAAGCCAAGAUUAUACGCCAAGUUGAGUACUACUUUGGCGAUUACAAUCUUCCCCGAGACAAAUUCCUACAGGAGGAAGUGAAAAAUGAUGAUGGUUGGAUCAGUAUGGAAACAAUGACAAAGUUCAAGCGCUUGGCCAGUUUAUCCACUGAUGCAGAAGUUAUCACAGCCGCUCUACGGAAGUCUGAGAGUAAACUGAUUGAGGUGCAUGAAAGCAAUACCAAGAUACGCCGUUCACCUGACCAACCCCUGCCCAUUUUUGAUGACAAAAUAAAGGAAGAAACUAUGAAACGAACAGUUUACUGCAAGGGUUUUCCCAAGGAUGGCUCUGUGACCUUGGAUGAUCUCCUUGAAUAUUUCAAGGCAUAUGGCCCAUAUGAGACUGUCUUGAUGCGGUACUUCUUCAACAAGGAAGACAAGAAACAAGGUUUUAAGGGUUCUGUUCUGGUUGUGUUCCCAAAAGAGGAAAAAGCUAAGGAGUUUAUGGAGUUGAGUGAAGUAAAAUUCAAGGAUACAGUUUUGAUCAGGAAGUGGCAUACAGAUUAUGUUGAAGAGAAGAAAAAGGAGAUUGAGGAACGCAGAGCCAAAAAAGAAGCAAGAAAGAAAGAGAACCAGGAUGAUGACUUAGUUGAGGAUGAACUAGAAAUUGAACUCCCAAAGGGUAUCUUCCUCCACUUCACUGGCUUCAGUGAAGGCAAUGAUAUAACUAGAGAGGAUAUCAAGGAAGCAUUGGGAGAAAAUGUUGAUCAGUGUGCCUGGAUUGACUUCAGCCGUGGCAUGACUGAGGGUUACCUACGCUUCAAGGAGGCUGACUUCAACAAAAUUGUAAUGGACAAGUUAGAAGGAAAGAUAAAGGUCAAAGAAAUGGAAGGUACCCUUCGUUUAGUUGAAGGUGAGGAGGAAGAUGAACAGCUGAAGAAAAUGAAGGAGGCCAGGAGCAGAGCACGGGCAAGUAUUAGCAAAAAGAGAAAAUCUGGAGGCCGAGGCUUCCAGAACAAGAGGAGAAGGAUGUAAAUGCUAGUGAUAAUUUUGAUCACAAAAUCACAUCAUGCCAUUUUUUUUUUUUUUUUUUUUUUUUUUUUUUUUCCCCAAGAUAGGGGGUAAUCAUUUUAUUGUAUUUCUUUUCUCUUGGAACUUUAUCUUGUCUUUAGACAGUAGACUCACUAUUUUGUGCCUCUUUAUAGAUCCAAAAUUCUUACAAAAUAAGAAAAUAGUGGUGGUAAUCUUUUUGUUGUUUUUUAUAUACAUGUAUGGAUAGGCCUGGAGAUAUUGGCAUAUAUACAUUACUCACAUAUAUGAGAAAUCCAUGUUUAUACACAGUAUGUUUACUUGUAGCUAGAUAUAUAGGGGUACUUCAUUUAAAUUUUUCUGAAAGAGUGAAUAGUGUAAUUAUUUACUUUUACACCAUGCAAUAGUUUUAUAUAUAGGAUGCAAGAGUUGGAAGUGCAUCUAACAAAGCAUGUAUCAAACAGGCCAUUUGUGAUUGGCUAACAUGAAUUCAUGUUAAAGCAGCAUGUUACUAUGUGACAAAAACUUGUGUUGUGAGUAGUAAGAGUGUGUAGUACCUGCUAGGACAUGAUCAAUUACUGCUCACAUAAAUAUAGUUGUUUGUUAUCUUUGACCUUAUGACAGUGGAUUUUACCCAUAUUGAGCCAUGCUAUUCAAGUGAAAAAUUUGAAGCAUGGGAAAUUAUUAUACUUACUUUCUACAAUUUUGAGCAGGCUCAACCAUGCAUGGAAUGGAUACUUGCCUCCAGCAUAUGUGCUCAUUGUGUGAUGGCAAGAUUACAUGUCACCCGAUGUGAGCAGGUUAAGAGAGUAGAAAUAAAGACAUCGUACAUGUUAUCAUUGUUGAUCUGUAUCUAUGGUUCCCGGCUGAUGGUUCUUGGGGGGUAAGCUAGGGGGUGCAUGUUUCUUUUUAUUUAUUUAUGUAUUUUUAUUUUAUUUUAUUCCUUCCCCCUCUCUUUCUUCUGUUAUUCUAUCCCCCUAACCAUAAAAUAUAUUAGAAAAAAAACAGAAAUGGAAGGCUGAAGUCUUGCAAUUGUGAAGGAUUACAAAAGAGGGUUGCAAGUAGAAAAAGGUUGGGAACCACUGAUCUAUGUAGUAUUUUGUUUGGACAAGGAAGAAAUACGCAGUUCUUUCUAUGAUUUAAAGUGAUUUUAUACUAUAGUUUUUAACCUUUUUUAGAAGCAGAAACUGUAUGGGCAUUCCAUAUAUAUUGCUGAUUUCAUUAUUUGAAAAGUUAACAUUGCAAUAAUAAAUUUUCAGUAUCUGCGUACAAAGUACUUGUUGCUGUUACUAUAUUUUGUUUUUCUCUGAUAUUUAUGUAAUCUUAUUGGAAUGCAUUUUUAAAAAAAAUAAAAGAUAAAAUGAU